GACGUCACCGGCCGGCGGCCAAUAGCGGGGCGGCGCUGUGCAUGGACAGCGGACCUGUGCCCCCUCCCCGCCGCGCGGGCUCGGUACUCCCAGGCCGACUAGGCGACGGGUUGGCAGUCUGAAUCUUCAGUAGCACCAGGUCACUUAGGACGGGUUCACAGCGCUUCUGAUCAGCCAUGUUCCUGCUGCUGCUUCUGACGCUGCUGGCCUUUCUGGUGGUGGCGCUCGCCUGGCACCGGCGGCCGCGCCGUCCGGCCCACUGUCCCCCAGGUCCACCCACGGGGUGGUUGCUGGGUAACCUGCGGGAGCUGAUGCGGAUGAACCGUCCCGGCGGCUCGGUGAGCAGCGAGCUGCGCCUGCUGGGCGGCAGGUUCGGGCCCGUCUUCAGCCUGGUGCACCCGUCCGGCCGGCUGAUCGUCGUCGUGAGAGACGCCGACCUGGUGAAGGCGGCCGCCGCGCAGACGGCGCUCUCCGGCCGGCCGGCCACCUUCUGCCUGCGCUACCGCAGCUUCCACCAGAACCUUGGUCUGCUGUUCAGUGAGGGUGACGUCUCUACGUACAACCGGCGCUUCGUGAUGCGCGUCCUGCGGGAGCUGGGCUGCACCAAACGCAGCAUGGAGACCCAUAUCUCUCGGGAGUAUCAGGAGCUGGCCCAGCAGCUGACGUCAUCCGGGGGGAAGGACGUGAACGUGGACGGUCUGUUCAUGCUACCGGCCUUCAACGUCAUCUGGCGACUGAUUGCUGGACGCAGGUACCGGUUGCAGGACGCGCGCAUGCAGCGCAUGUUCGGCCUGGUGCGCGAGUUCGUGCAGCGCUGUGGCCCGCUGUGUCCCGUCAACUUGGCGCCGUGGCUGCGCUUCGUCAGCCCACGCUGGUCGGGAUUCGCCGCCGUGCGCGACCAUCGCGACGCACUGAUGACGCUCUUUGACGAGCUGCUGGAUGAGCACCGCGCCAAGGCGGCCGGCGGAGGGGAGGGCAGCGACGCCGACCUCGUCACCCGCUACCUUGCGGAACACAAAGGCGACCGGGCCGCCGAGCUGAACCUGGUGUUCAUCCUGAUGGAUCUGUUCAUCGCCGGCUCGGAGACGACGGCCAGCUCGCUGUCGUGGGCGCUGCUGUUCAUGGUGCGGGAGGCGGAGGUGCAGCGCAGGGUACAGCGCGAGCUGGACGCUGUCGUGGGACGCCACCGCCUGCCGUCGCUGGAGCACCAGGCCAGCCUGCCGUACACGGAGGCGACACUGAACGAGGUAGCUCGUCUCGCCACAGUCACACCCGUGGCUCUCGCCCACAACGCCUCCUUCACCGAAACCAGCAUUGCCGGCUACAGAGUGCCGCUGGGCUCGAUGGUGCUAUUCGACCUGCACCACAUCCACACUGACCCGGCUUACUGGAAGGACCCGGAGACCUUCCGGCCAGAGAGGUUUCUGACGCCCAGUGGCCAGCUGAGGAAGGAAGAUCACCUGCUACCCUUCGGCACCGGAAAGAGGCAGUGUAUUGGCGAGCCGGUGGCCAGGAUGGAACUAUUCCUGUUCUUCAGCCGGCUGCUGCAUCAGUUUCAACUGGAGCCGGCCGCCGACGGACCGCCCGCGGCCGUGGCCGGUCACAGUGCCGGUAUCCUGGUACCGCCGCCCUUCGCGGUCAGGGUCACCGAGCGGCCUGGCCGCUGGUCUAGGAGACCGGUCACCGAGCGACCCGAACUCUGGUCAACGAGCGGCCUGGCCUCUGGUCUAGGUGACCGGUCACCGAGCGACCCGACCUCUGGUCUAGGUGACCGGUCACCAAGCGACCAGACUGUUUAGCGAGUGGUCACUGGUCAGGCGGGUCACCCAGUGAAGCCGAUGUUUAGGGCCCUGGGGCUACACGGCAAGCUUAGCCCCACAGGCUCAACCAACAAUCCACUAACCAUGGCGUGUCAUCCAGCGGGUUUGACAUUUGGAAUGGCGUUCUACUCAUGACCACACCCCGGGGGUCAUCUACCUGAUUUACGUCCCAUGGCGGUUAUUUAGUCGUGACUGUGUGUAUAAUUGUAAUUGUAUGAGCUUGUUUGAGAGAAGCACCUGUCCGUCUCGGUCGGAAAGGCACAAGGCUAAAACAAAUAUUUUCCUAGAGUGCCAAGAGUUCCCGAAGUGAUGAUCGGAGCUGCUGAAGCGUUGAGAUGUAUCGAUCAGUACCUAAAUCAUAUUGUAUACCCAGUCGUACGGAAAACAUUGCUCUUGUCUGUUACCGUUUCGCCUAUUGACGCACGAUGUGCAGAUGUUUACGUGGCCAUACAAACGAUGGGAGUGUGGGACUCACUCUAUCGAUGCAUGCCUUUGUCGUGUUAGAUUAGAUUAGAAGUUUGGUAACAACUAGCUCGAUUUUAUAUAAACCAAAAGCAUGGUGCUAUUGAAAA